UUCCGAAUCAAUCGUCAAACCGACCCGAAACGUCAAUUCUCAAUUGAUCAGUCCGGUUCGUUGCGAGUGGCACAAAGUUUGGAUCGAGAGGAUAUCAGUCGCUACAAUCUCAUUGUAGAAGCGUUCGAUCCUGUCGGUAAUGUUGGCUCACAGCGUAUCGAUAUCUAUGUGCAAGAUGUCAACGACAACGCACCCAUUCCGUAUACCGUUCCGAAUCCAUGCGUUUUCAUGGAGAACACCGAUCCGUCACAACAACCCAAAUGCGAAAUCUACGCUCACGAUCCAGACACAGCUGAAUAUGGUCCUCCAUUCCAAAUGACGCUCGCACAGAAUUUCAAGUAUGGCAAAUACUUGAGUGUUGUCUUUGAUCCAAGUGGUGAUAACGGUAAUGGAUCGAUGAUAGUGACAGCGAAAGAGCGCUUCGAUCGCGAGGCCGAAGUACCAGGCAAAAAGCUCGAAAUCCCGAUCAUUCUAACCGAUCGUGGUGGUCUGAGUAUCCAACGAUCCGUGUAUGUGAUCAUCGGAGAUCAAAACGACAGCCCAAUGACUGACGGCACGAUGACAAUAUUCGUGAACAGUUAUCGUGGUAAGCUGGGUAAGACAAUGAUCGGUCGUGUCUAUGUGGAGGAUAAGGAUGACUGGGAUUUGCCCGAUAAAACGUUCACGUGGGCACCCGGCAAAUCGUUACCAGGAUUUGAACUUGCAUCCAACGGAGAGAUCACAAUGGACGCCGAUAUGCCACCACGCACAUAUCAGAUGGUCGCGAAUGUAGUCGAUAAGCGCCGUAAUGAGCACGCACAGGGCACAGUGAAUGUGGUUGUGAAACUCGUACCUGAAGCCGCGUUCAUGAAUCAAGGUGGACUCCGUAUUCUGAUGGGUUCGAACGGCUUCGAGUCUACCGAUGAAUUUAUUCGUGUAGAUUCGUCUGGAUCAAGUCCGAUGAGUCGUUUUGUCCAGAAAAUGCACGACUACCUAGGUGGAUCGGCCGAGAUCGACGUCUUUUCGAUCAAGAAAGAUGUGGCCAUUCUACAAACCAUCGUUGAGGAAGUCAUUGAUGUACGUUUCUCGGCACACGGUAGUCCAUAUCGUAGUCCAGUGCUGUUGAACGGUCUUAUCGCACAAUAUCGUGACGAACUGCAAAAGGCGAUCGGUGCCACGAUCGUAUCGGCCGGUAUCGAUAUGUGCAAAUUUACGGUUUGUGAUAUGGGAUGUGAGACGAAGAAUUACGCCGAUGAGACGGGUGUUGUGGUAUCGGCGAAUCAAACCGUUAUCGUUGGAGUGAACGCGUGGUCGAACGACACGUGUACUUGUCCAGUUUUCACGCCUCCGCCGUCGUGCCAAGCUGAUUUGUGUAUGAAUGGUGGUGUGUGCCAUAAUACGUAUCCGAGAGGUUUCUUCUGUGAGUGCCGUAACAAUGCGCUGAAAGGAUUCCGAUGUCAGGGUACAACUCGAUCUUUCGAUGGUCAAGGCUACGCUUGGUUCAAGCCAAUGCCUGCAUGCACUUCGUUGAACAUGUCAUUGCAAUUCAUGACCAGGCAAGCUGAUGGUCUGCUCUUGUAUAACGGUCCGAUGGGUGCCAAUACAACAUUAGGUCAAAUCGACUAUCAAGACUAUGUGAUAGUUCGUUUGGUGUCGGGACGUGUUGAGGCCGAGUUGAUGUUCAACGGAGUUGCAGCGAAUCCGAUACAAGUGGCUGGAUCGGACAUGUUGAACGAUGGAAAAUGGCAUACCAUUUCACUUACACAAUCUGGAAAGACGAUUGAGUUAGUGGUUGAUAAUUGUUAUACGAUUGGUGCGUUGAGUGUGAUGCAAGACGGAAGUGGCUUCUUGGAUGAUUCUUCGUGUCGACGAGUGGUGACUUCUAUCGAUGACGACGAACGAUUGAAUAUCAACACACCACUUCAGGUGGGUGGCUUAGCACCGUUAUCUGGAAACGAACGGUACCCAGCGGCAGCGACGUCUCGUGUACAAAGUUUCAAGGGUUGUAUGCGUAAUUUGUUCAUAAACGGUGAGCAGUACGAUUUGGGAGUGCCGGAUUAUGUGAAUAGUCAACACUCACAAAUGGGUUGUGACUUGAAUGAGGCCGUAUGCGAUGUGAACAGCAUACAAGGUGGUUAUUGUGAGCAUGGCGAGUGUAUCGCUGAUGCUGUGUCACCCGUGCCGAAAUGUGCGUGUGAUCCGGGUUGGGGUGGUGAUCGAUGUGAUACGGAAAUACCGUGGGUUGAGUUCGGUCCGGGUGCGUUUAUUGAAUACGACGUCAAGGUGGGACUAGAGGAUAAAACAACCGAUGUGGACGUGCUCUUCCUACCGGGUAAAGCAAAUGGAGGUACCGGAGAACUGGGCUUCGGAAGCGAUGGCGACAAGUAUGUGAGCACAUCGAUUGAAACGUACAAUCCGGCUGCCAAAUUUGACCUGAGUCAAACGGGUGCCACUUCAAGCGCAUCGCUGAUACAAAUGCAAAUGAAGAAUCUCACUCUGGCCGCGAAUACUUCCUACUGGAUGCAGUUCUCGAGAAGUCCUGUCAGGUCAUCAUUGUCUGUUGAUGGUGUCUAUCAUGAAGCUGUCCCACUCGACCCAGUCAAGACUCCGUAUGAAAUCAGUAUCUCACAGCUGUUACUUGGAGCCGAAAGUGUCGGUGGCGCCAGAGGAUUUCAGGGAUGUGUGGGUACGUUCCGUUGGCAACACAUUAAUUUGCCUCUGUCGAACGGUGGCAGCUCAUCGGGCAAGGGUGCAAGUGGUCGAAACGCGGCAGCCAAGUCGAGUGAGUCGAUCAUCAGGGUGAAACAAGCACGAGGCGUGCAAACGGGCUGUUCACAACGCAAAACGUGCGCUACAGUCGGUUUUGCGUACUGUAGUGGAUCGUACGUUUGCAUGGAUUUCUGGAAGGGACCGUUCUGCACAUGUCCUCAAGGUGCCCAGGCGCUACUGGGACCGGAUGGUCAGCUGGCCGGAUGUGGUGCCACAUUGGCGGUCAGCAGUUUGGGCAUCUCAAGUCCAGCUGUCAUCCUCAUACUCGUUUGCCUUAUUCUAUUGAUAUUAUUGGUGAUGCUAAUGGUCGUGUACACUCGUCGACAAACGCCACCGUUCGAACCGGUCAGACCCGAGGAUCUGAAUCGAGAUAAUUUGCGACCGUACGAUGUGGAAGGAGGCGGUGAGGCAGAUAAUGACCAAUACAAUAUCAACAAUCUGCGCAAACCGGUCAUGCCUAUCGAAGGCAACGGUAUCACUGAUUACCCGCCGUAUCCAGCACACCACCAGAAAACCACACCACCUGUUGAUGACAAACUGAAAAACCGAAUAAAUUCAUUAGAAGCAGACCCAGACGCUACGGCUCCAUACGAUGAGCUGCGAAUAUAUGACGACGAAGGCGAUAAUGUAUCUCGAGUAACAUUAGAAUCGCUGGAAUCAGCUGAUGACAAUGGAACUGCGGGUAAUCUCAAUGAAGAGGUGAGUGAAUGA